AUGAUAAUUAUUCUGUCCCACACACAAGAAUAUGAAGAAGACGACGAGGACUAUGAAGAUUUUUCCAACAUAAACUCAACUUCUAACGGGUCAUUAGUUUUCAUCAACGAAUUAUACAAUAUAACGAGGGAUCCAGGCAAGCAGGUGAAAUUAGUUUGCGAAGUUAAAAACUCCGAUACGAAUAAUACAAACAGCAAGGUAUCUUUCAAUUGGAGGCAUAAUGAAGUUCCUAUAGAUUCGAAUGAUAGGUUCAAGAUAAGGAAUAAGGGAAAAGACUCCAUUUUCACCUCUACGCUUCGGAUAUCAAAGUUGGAAUUCUUCGACAGGGGUUUCGUUGAGUGCAUAGCUAGUAAUGGUAUAGAGAAGAUACGAUCAGUCAGCUUUCUCGAAAUAAGUCAAGAAUUGCAUAAGUAUGGUAUCACCGACAUAAAUGCGCUCAAAGUGGACCGUCCAGAUCUUGAAAGUAAACAUCCGCUGGUUCAAAGAAUCUUAACACUGAUGAGUUGUCUCCAGUCCAAAGGAAAAUCGAUCGUAUUUGUUUGGGUUCCUAGUCAUAUAGGAAUUGACGGUAAUGAGAAAGCUGACACUGCAGCAAGAGCUGCAACUGAGAAUAAUGUCGAUCUGAAUAUACCUUCUAAUUUGACCGGACUAUAUAUGUAUGAAUGUCAAUAUAAAGUAGAAUAUGUGAAAAUAAGAAGAAAAAUAUUGAGUGACAUAUCAGCGAGCUGCAACAAAUUUGCUCAACCUAGCUUAUGUUUUUCUGCGUUUUCCGUAUGCCUGGACCCCAAGAAAAUCAACGAAUAUCAGGAGAAUCAUCGAGAAGAGUUCAUGAGUGUAUCUACCAAAGCCAAAGUCAAAUUCAAGAACAUUCGAACCAAGCUGGCAGCUCACUUGAGAAGGAUUUGUAAAGAUGAAUGUCUCCUUCUGGAAAAUGAGCUAUGCACUAAGGAAUACAGCAUAGCGAAAAGACAUCUAGUUAUUGGUCAAAUUAUGGAACUGGAGGAAUGUGACCAGUUACCGAAUGACACCGAAGAAAGUUCUAAAGAGUGUUUGUCUUUGGGCGUAGGAGAUUUGAGUGUGAAUAGGGACGAAAAAUGUUAUUGGGAUACGGGACGUUUGUAUAGAGGCGACAAAGAUACUUCUUCAUCGGGUAAGAAAUGUUUGAGAUGGUCACACCAGUUUCAUAUUCCACCAUCGGACUAUCCUGAGUUGGCAGGUCAUAACUAUUUAUAUGUUUUUGGAACAUACGUUGGAGUGAUAAUUCUUUCAAUAGUCAUAGUCAUUGGAACUGUGUUCACUUACUGCUAUUGCAAAAGAAGAAAUAAAAGUACAAGGAACUUGCAAAAUAAGGAUUUGCCGCAAGUAAGCAAAAAUAUAUAUGGCAGUCCUGGUCCAGGACCUAGUGUAUCUCCAAUGGAAAUGAACACCUUACUCCCACCAAAUCUUCCUCCACAGAGAAAUCAUCACAGUACCAGCAAAAACGGUUUCCAAUCCGUAGCUCAAUAUACUUUCAAAGAAGUUAGGUUAAUUGAUGAACUAGGAGAAGGUGCAUUUGGUAAAGUUUACAAAGGCGAGCUCAAAACAAAAAGUGGUAAAAUGUUUGUAGCUGUGAAAUCUCUCAAGGAAAAUGCUAGUGCCAAGACCCAGGCAGAUUUUCAACGGGAAAUCGAGCUGAUUUCUGAACUCAAACAUCCUAACAUUAUAUGUUUAUUGGGGGUUGUGAUGAAGCAGGAGCCAAUGUGUAUGUUGUUUGAGUAUAUGUCAGAGGGAGAUUUGCAUGAGUUUUUGAUCGGGAAUUCUCCAGAGGAAGGCAAAUGUUUGACGCAUGAUCAAUUUCUUGACAUGGCUAUACAGAUUGCUCAAGGUAUGGAAUAUCUUUCCGACAACCAUUAUGUACACAGAGAUUUAGCUGCCAGGAAUUGUCUUGUAUCCAAAGACUUGGUUGUGAAAAUUAGUGAUUUUGGUCUAAGUAGAGACAUGUACAGCUGUGACUAUUACAGAGUACAGUCUAAAUCCCUUUUGCCAGUCAGAUGGAUGCCACCAGAAUCAAUUUUGUAUGGCAAAUUCACAACGGAGAGCGACGUUUGGUCAUAUGGAGUUGUUUUAUGGGAAAUAUACAGUUAUGGAUUACAGCCAUACUAUGGUUACAAUAACCAGGAAGUCAUAAGUAUGAUCAGGUCUAGGAAACUUCUGCCUUGCCCCGAUGCUUGUCCCAGUUACUGUUACGCUCUCAUGGUAGAGUGUUGGGCGGAACAGGCAAAUAGACGGCCCAACUUCAGUGAGAUUUCACACAGACUGAAAGUUUGGAAGCAGAGCGGAUGCACGAACGGGGCAUAUUUCAAAACAGCUCCGACUCCUCUGAAGCACAGUCAGGGCUCAAAAUCCAGUCAUACGUCCGACUCUCAAACCUUAUGUCCAGCAGUUGAGAACCAACCAAUGUCUUUCACUUGGGAGCGAGAUCGCCACAAACCUACGUCGAGUAGGUUGCAUGACAGCCAAAGCAGCUUAACGUCCAGAUCCUCAAGUCUAGGUAACACUACUCAAAGUACCAACAUAAGCAACGAAAUCAGAAGAGAAAAACGAACAAAGAAAAAUAUAGACUCUUUAGAAAGACUGAAUCCUAAAAACAUGGUAGUAAGUAGUAGUGGGGAUGGAGUGGAAACGAAAAUUACUUUGUGAAUAUUUAGAAUGUUCGGUCACCUCUAAUAUGAAUAACUGGUUUCGUAUCUUCUUUGUGGCCUCCAGCAUCUUGCCAAUUCAAUGGACCCCAAUGGUAAUAUAUAUUGUUAUCCACAUUCAACUGAAACCAUUUUUGGGCCUUUUGAAUGUUGUCUGUUGUUUUAUUGUACAACCACUGGAUGAUGUUUUCUCUAACGAAAAUAAAUAGGUGAUAUUGAGAAAACAAAUGAGAUGUAUUUGGGACCAUUUUUUGCAGACCACUCAGUCCCUCAAACGGGAUUAUCGUUUAGGAAAAUGAAUUUUUAAUUACCAAAUUCACUGUAUUUUGCUUUAAUUUUCACUUUUUUUAGUUUAUAUUUAUCUAUAAGUUUCCGAAUUCAUUUGAGGAGCAUUUCAGACUGUUGUAUGAUGUUUGAGUUUGUUGAUUUCGAUAUCACCAAUAUUACAUAUCAAAAGAGGUGUUACAUUUUUAAAGUAAUCGGUACAUUGAUGAUGAUGUGAAAAAUGACGGGAAAGACAAAUCAGAAUAUACUUGUCUUGAAAUUUUUUGGAAUAAAUGAUAGCUCGUUUUACUAUUUACUCCCAAUUAUAACAAUCAAAUAUUGGCACAUGGAAUGCCAACAGUACUGUAGUGUUGAUGGUAACAAAAAUUUCGCUAAACAAUAGCUAAAGUUUAGUGCCUGUAAAAAUGGUCUCAAUUAUUUUAUGUAAAAAGUUAUUUUUUUUCAAAAACGUAUAGUCUGAUAGAGCAGCUUCUCAUUUUUUUGUUUCAAGUAUUACACCAGAGGCUUUAUACAAUUUGUGUAUUAAAAUGAAUCUUGAUGUAUUUUUGUACAUUGUUUUUAAUAUUGAAAGUCACAUUAUGCCAAAUUUUCUCGUUUAUAAUGAUAAUGUAAUUAUGAAGUGUU